UUUUUCAAAUUCAAAGAUCUUGGCUCUCAGCCUUCCACUAUCGUCACUGUUCUUUUGGAUUUUCCGAUUGAAAAAUCACACCUCCCAGAUGGAAACCAGCAGCAAAAAUCACCACAAUGAACUCUUCGCUUCGCUGAUUUCAGACAUCAAAUCCUACUCUGGCAAAGAUCCUCUUCUCCCAUGGCUAAGAGGUAUUAAGAAGAUGAAGGAGACGCUGCCGGGCCAGAUUUUAAAUGAGAAGCUACCUCGGUUUCUGCAGAAAUGCGUGCAAUCUUUUGAGUCCGAUCGGCGAUAUCGAAACGAUUUACGGUUUCUUCGUGUUUGGUUACAGUUGAUGGAUUUCGUGGAUGAUCCCAAGACACUGUUAAGAACCAUGGAAGCCAAACGGAUUGGAACAAGGAGAUCUUUGUUCUACCAGGCAUAUGCUCUUUACUAUGAGAAGAUGAAGAAAUUUGAUGAGGCUGAGAAGAUGUAUCAUCUUGGGGUUCAAAACCUUGCAGAGCCUCUUGAUAAUCUUCAGAAAGCGUAUGAGCAAUUCCUUCAUCGUAUGGAGAGACACAAGAAGAAGAUCCUGUGCUAUGAAAGAAGAACUGCCAAGAGGCCUCUGGGUCUUCGCGUGGAGAUGGAGAACUGUGAAACUAUAUGUAAACUUGAGGAUAGGCCUAGAAGAAUCAUGAAUGAAGGAUGCAUCCAUGAAACAGUUGCUUAUGAUGAAAAUUCGAGGCCAGUUGGGACAUCUAACCAUAACAGAAUUCUGGGAAACUCUCGUACAAGUACAGAGAAUAAGCAAGUGAUACCUGAAAGGAAAUUGAAUGAACCCAAGAUUCUUUGCAGUGAUGACACGGUUGUGGUGAAGUUUGUUGAUAAUGCAGUUAUAGGAAAGUCUGAAGCAGAAGAUGCUUGCCAUCACGGACUUCUAGAUCCUACAAUAAACAUGAAAGAGGCCAUGAAUGAUAUUAAUAACAUGUUUCGAGAACCCAUAGAAGCAGCUCCAGUUCGAAGGAGAUCACAAAGAAGCAAAACUGAAGAAGAUCAUGUUGAAGAAAAUGGAUUUAAGAUUUUCGUUGAUGAAAAUGUGGAUAGUAGAAUUGAACUGUUAGCUCAAAAAGAAAAGGAGAACUGGGGAAGAACUCAAAUAAGUCACCCUAACCAAGAGCCAUUUCAAAUAUUUAUUGAUGAUGAAGAAAAUAAUGAGAAUGUGGAGGCAAAUGAAAAGCAAUGUAAGACAGUUAAGGUUGAGGUUCAGAAUUUUCCAGAAGAUUCUGUCCCAUCUGCUUCGCAUCCAAAUGCUUUUGUUUUUCUCUGUCCCAAAGAUAAUUCAUCUGAAAGUUCGGAUGAUCUUGAUUCAGAGGCCUCUGUGAGAUUAAGAUUUAGAGAGGAUACAGUUGUUCACAGGUUUGUUGGGUCAACCAUCUUAGAUGCGCCAGAGGUUGAAAAUGUUUGUCACCAUGGCUUGGUAGACCCUACCAUCAACUUGAAGGAAGCUAUGGAUGACAUCAACAACAUGUUUGGGAAGCCAAUAGAUUUCGCAAGGGCUAAAAGACCUAAGAAGCAAGAAAAGGCACCUGUUCGGGAAGAAGAUUUUGGCAGAUUCUCAAUACUCCCGGAUGAUGACAUGGAAUAUCAACAAUGCCAGCCAGUCCAGCCCACAGCCAAGGCGUCAAACAAUUUAAAGGAACAUGAUUUGUUUGAGCCAACUAUUUUUACUAAGGAAGCUCUGGAUGAUAUAAAUAAGAUGUUUGGAAUGCCCUUGGACUUCUAGGACAUGAGAUAACGCUGAUGUUUGCAUACGGGAUUGGUUUGGCUUCAGACAAAGACCAUGUUCCAUAGUAUUUACAGCUCUGGCAAUACACCAUACCUUCCACAACUACAUCAAUUUUCUGUUCUGCUGCUUUUCCUGGG